GUCAAGAGCGUUCGCGUCAAAAAAAAGCCACGCGAUGCGACGCACUCUGUAUUUAGGACAGACGAACGCUACUUCACUGCCAUUCAAAAUCUCCAGAGCUCUCUCGAGUAAAGAAGGGAAAGGAAAAAGGGGGGGAAAAAAAUGGCACUUCCGAACCAGCAGCAGGUUGAGUACCCGAGCUUCAAGCUCGUCAUCGUCGGAGAUGGCGGCACUGGAAAGACUACUUUCGUCAAACGCCAUCUCACCGGUGAAUUCGAGAAGAAAUACGAGCCAACGAUUGGCGUCGAAGUACAUCCGUUGGAUUUCUUCACGAACUGCGGCAAGAUCCGAUUCUAUUGCUGGGAUACAGCUGGCCAGGAGAAGUUCGGCGGGCUCAGAGAUGGCUAUUACAUUCAUGGACAAUGUGCAAUCAUCAUGUUCGAUGUCACAGCUCGCUUGACAUACAAAAAUGUUCCUACAUGGCACCGGGACCUUUGCCGGGUGUGUGAGAAUAUACCAAUUGUUCUGUGUGGCAACAAGGUUGAUGUCAAGAACAGGCAGGUGAAAGCAAAGCAGGUGACAUUCCACAGGAAGAAGAAUCUUCAAUAUUAUGAGAUCUCUGCAAAGAGCAAUUACAAUUUUGAGAAGCCAUUCCUCUAUCUUGCUAGAAAGCUUGCAGGGGAUCCUAGUCUCCACUUUGUUGAGUCCCCUGCCCUUGCUCCUCCAGAAGUUCAGAUUGACAUGGCUACACAGCGACAGCACGAGGACGAACUCGCUGCGGCAGCUGCACAUCCUCUUCCUGAUGAUGAUGAUGAUGUGUUUGACUAGAAGGCAUUGCAUCUGAGGGAUUGUACGAGCUUUUCAUUGCAAAUAAGCAGCAACUUGCACAUUGCUUCUAUUGCAAAAGUGGGUGUGCAAUCUCUGUUCCGAGGCCUUGUCGCAGCAGUGGAUGCAUUUGUUGGUGGGUGUAGACAUCAAAGCGGGAAUCUCACAAGCAUUAUUGUUAGGAAUCUCAAAAUUUUAGAUUUUUUUUUUUCUCCAUCUUGUGCUUUAGAGCUACGCUAUGUGCUUGGCAUAGUUGUGUGGUCAAAACGGUGGUGACUUAUCCAUCAUUGAUGUGGCAUGGUUGCGCAGGAAUCUGGACCUUUCAGAUUGCUGAUCCAGGUGUGGGACAAGCAUGACCCAUAAAUGAUUCUCUAGGCAUGAUUGAAUGGGUAUUGAAUAGCAUUAGGUGGAAUUUAUGUCUGGAAAUACCAUUAUUGCACAAUGAUUAUAAGUCUGGAAAUACCAUAAAUGAUUUCACAAUGAA